UGGGAUAAGUUUCGUUCCUCCAACAAAAAUGAAAAUUAGGGGACAGGUCCUAAUUCGUUGCAGUCGGUGAGACAUCUUAUGGAAUAUUGCAAUAAUAUUUUUUUCUAAAAUGAGCUGAUUACUUUUUUUACAAUGAGUAUAUAAGUAUUUAUGACGACGAGCAUAUACACAAUAAAAAUUUUACUGUAUGAAACCCUAAAAAACUUAUUUAUGUUACUAGUCAUUUCAUUUAUCUUAGAUUUGUAAAUUCAUGGUCUAUGAUUAUGUAUUUAAUAUUGUAAGUUGCCGUCAGUCUUAACCUUUUUGAAUAGUUCUUUGUGAUCAGGUUAUAUUUUAUUAUUCAUUGCUAGAUUAAAAUUUUCAAAUUUAGCUUAAUAAAUAUUAUCUUGAAAAAAUGAAUUAUUACGUUCACAACUGAUUAAUUUUAUCGUUGACGAAUAAUAUUUUUGUUGCGGUUUAAUGGAGUGUUUUUAUAUUAUCACUGUGUUUAUAAUUUUUAUUGCCGCCCUUGUUACUUUUAAGUAACAUAAACUUGUUAUACUAAAAAAUACUAUAUUGUUAUUUUAUUCUACCGAAUAAAUAAGUCGAUCGUUUUAUAAAUACUUCAGUGAGUUUUCGUCAUCAGGAUAAUUGACGUUAUAAAUUUUCGAGCCAUUUGUUUAUAAUGGCCUCAUCGAAUAUAGGUAUACAAACAGGCUCCGCUUGGUUCCAAAGAAAAAUAAAUCUUCGGCCUCAGCAUCGAGGUGUUCAUCUUGUAACAGAAGAAAUAUUAAGGCAAAUUCCAGAACUUAGCCAAUUUUCAAUUGGUCUAUGUCAUAUUCAAAUUCUUCAUACUUCGGCAAGUCUUGCACUUAACGAAAGUUGGGAUCCUGAUGUGAGGGAUGACAUGGAAAUGAUGUUAAAUAAAAUCAUUCCUGAAGAAAUGCCAUACAGGCAUAGUUGUGAAGGUCCUGAUGAUAUGAUAUCUCGUAAACGAAUCUGGAAAACUGAAAGAGAAAACCGGACGACCGAAACUCUCGUUACUGGUAUUAAGGCUAUAAAAUAUGAUAUGCCAAUCCAAAAACAUCUGAAUUAUACAAGAUCCCGAUUCGCACGUUACAAGAUCGUCUAAAAAACCUAAUUUGUCACGACCAGAUAUUGGAGGCAAAACAACCUUUACUGCUACCCAAGAAAAGGCUGUGGCAGAGCAGUUGAAAGAAAUGACGAAGCUACAUAAUGGUCUUACACCAUCAAAAUAAUUACGUAUCGUUUACCAGUAUGUUAAAAAUAUAUGCAGAAAAGGAAUGCUUCUAUAAGUUCAUUAGAGAUCGUAAAAUUUCCAUUUGUAAGCCUAAAUCUAUCAGUAUGAACUGCGUCCCAGCUUUUAACGAAGAAGAUUUCAGUCACAUUGAAAGAACUUGUUAACAUGAAGAAUAAUUUGUUAAUAGAAAGUUUAACUCUCAACAUUUGUAACAUUUCAAAUUUACAAGCCAGCAAUGUAAAAACAAUUGAAAUUUAAAAUAUUCCUAUUUUAACAGUGCCACCCGAAGAAAUCGACAAUUUUAAAAACGAACUCUUCUGUUUCCAUAAAAUUGAUGGAGACAUUCUUGAUUUUGCUACUCCAGUUAAACUGGUACAAAGUUUCUUAGAACUGGACAAUGAAAAUCUAACAUCUUUUCACUGAGUCUAAUAAAAAAAUGUUGACUGAAGAUUUUAUAAAUUGUUAUGAUAGGAACAAAGCUUAAACAUUACUGUUUCUAAAAAAAUCUAAUAAACGUAAACAAAAAUCUAUCAUCUUAACUAACUCUCCUAUGAAACAAAAAUUGGAAGAUGGAAAAAAUUAAAUUGAUAGUGAAAAAAAAAUCCAAACAAAGUCGACUAAAAAUAUAAAAAACAUUGAAUCGUCUGAUAACGUUGAAGAAUAAAUUCUAAAAACUAAUGAAUCUGUUGAAAAACUCAAAUGAAAUGUAAAAAAUAGAGUACCCCCAACUGACGAUACGCCUAAUAACAUAAAAAACCUAUAGAAAAAAAAAAAGUCAAAUGUUACUAACUGUUAAUUUUUCAUUUUUCUUUACUUCUACGAUUUUUGUUUAACAACAAAGUUCAAAUUGUUAUCAAGUUCCAACAAUACAAUUUUUUUUUUAUUUUUCAAAAUAUAAUUAAUUAUGACCGGCAUGACCCGACACAUUGAGUCACUCCGGUUAAACUCAUAA